CAGCUGCAGGGCUGGAACAGAAGGUUGUGUGCAAGAAAGCAAAGCUUCACGUUUCUUGGACGUCAUUUUCAGUGGACCCCAGAAUAGGGGCAUACCCUGCUUAGACCCCAGGAUGCUCGUGGAGGAAGUCAUUUUAAGAAACCCUAACAUGAUGCUAUGAAAUUUCUCUUGGUUUUUGAUUUUGACCAUACAAUCGUAGAUGAAAAUAGUGAUACCUGGAUUGUGAAAUGUGCUCCUGAGAAAAAACUUCCUAGUGGAUUAAGAAACUCCUACCGACCAGGACACUGGACAGAAUAUAUGGGCAGAGUCUUUGUCUACUUGGGAGACAAUGGCAUCAAAGAAGAUGAGAUGAAAAGAACUAUGACAACAAUUCCUUUCACUGCAGGAAUGGUAGAUCUUCUGGGGUUUAUUGGCAAGAACAAGAAGUUGUUUGACUGCAUAAUUGUUUCAGAUUCUAAUACAGUGUUUAUUGACUGGAUUUUGAAAGCUGCUGACUUCCAUAAGGUGUUUGAUGAAGUGUUUACAAACCCUGCAGCCUUCACCAGUACUGGCUAUCUUACUGUACAGAACUUCCAUGCUCACCAUUGUGCAAAGUGCCCUAAAAACCUUUGCAAAAGGAAAGUUUUAAAAGAAUUUCUAGAUAAACAGUUGGAGCGAGGAGCAAGUUAUACACAAAUUGUGUAUAUAGGUGAUGGUGGGAAUGACUUAUGUCCAGUAAUGUUUUUGAGGAAAGAUGAUAUUGCUAUGCCCAGGCAGGGGUAUACCUUGGAGAAAAAGAUUUCUCAGCUGGCCCAAGAUCUCAGUCCUGUAGAGUGUUCUGUUCUGGUUUGGUCAUCUGCUACUGAAAUUCUGUCUUAUCUGAAAGUGCUUAUAAAGGAAUAAUUCAAAUGAUAACAGAAAACUAAUAUAUUUUAUCUUCCUGGGAGAGAAAAACUGCAUGUGUAUAAAAGCACAAAAUUGUAAAAUUGGGCUGUUAUCUGAACUUACAUUUUUUAAACACAAUAGAAAACUGUUUAUGUUCAGUCUUGGCAAUAGUGGGAAGGUGAAGCUAAAGUGGCUUUCUAACGUAGUACACAUUCCAACAUAAGUGGAGAAGUGGGAUUGCAAGAGGAAUUGCCAUUCUUAGUCUUCCCCCUCCCUCCCAAGCCUUUACUGACUACAUAACUGACCUUUUCUGUUCCACGUGCUUAAGGGAAGGAGUAGGAUUAGUGCACAAAAAAUGAAAUUCUUUACUUACAAAACAUUAGGUGCCAGGAGCAUAGUUCUGGAACUGUUGGCUUUUAUACUUCUUUGAUCAGGAUACAUGUUUAAUUUUGUAAAUUAUUUGGUAUGCUUGUAAUCUUGUUUGAUCUGAAGAUGCGUAUAUAUUUUCAACAUACUAAAUAUUUUACCAAACAAAAUUACUUUUUAAUAGUUUGUAUUAUCUUGUAUUGUAAAGACAAUAAAAGUUACUGACAAAA